GGACUAAGAGAACGGAGAUUGGAAGUUAAAAAACGCCUUCCUGGCUCGUUUCUUUACUCACGGGGUCCGCAAAAACCCGCGAGAUCUUCAUAAAAUCUCGUGUCCUUUCCUCACAGGCGUCCCUCUCCCUUUCCCCUUCUUCCUCCUUCUUCCGGUCCUUCCUCCGCCUUUCUUCUUCUCUCUCCCCUCCUUUUUCAUUCGCCGAGGGUACGUGACGCAAUCAUCCAGCGCCUUAGUACUAUAAGCAGUUGGGCGCAGCAGUAGUCGCGUAGCCCGUCGCAGUCGUUGUCGUAGUUGCCGUGGCUGUUAACUCCGUUCAUCGAGAAUCAUGGCGACUUCUCUGUGGAAAGGUUUGGUGGGGCUGGGCCUUUUCGCGCUGGCCCACGCUGCUUUCUCCGCUGCGCAACAUCGUUCCUAUAUGCGCUUAACAGAAAAAGAAGAUGAAGAUCUGCCCAUCGAUAUCGUCCUUCAAACACUGAUGGCCUUUGCUGUUACCUGUUAUGGUAUAGUCCAUCUUGCAGGGGAGUUUAAAGACAUGGAUGCUACUUCAGAACUGAAAAAUAAGACACUAGACACAUUAAGGAACCACCCAUCUUUUUAUGUAUUUAAUCAUCGCGGUAGAGUAUUGUUCCGGCCUUCAGAUAUGGUGUAUUCUUCCAACCAAGAUGCUUUGUUGUCGAGAUCUACAGUGAAGUUACGAAAACUUGAACCUCUGCGUCGUUAAGAUUAUUCAUGUUACAAUAAUAAACCCGGAAAACGGAUAUAUAAUAUUGAAGUUUGGGGUAUAAACCAGUUUUUAAAAUAUCUACAACAGACUUUAUACUAUAAAUAUAACCAAGGAUUUUGUUUGUACACUGUUAAUGAAAUGGCUGAAUUGUGACUUGGCAAUGCAGUAUGUUAUUGCGACAAUUAUGCUGUGAAACGUGACUGACCUUUCAUACUUUAAACACUGUUUCAGUUUAUUAUUAUUUUUUCAGUUAAAAAACUCAUUUUUAAAAGUCAGACACUUGAAAAAUUUCAUCGAAGAAAAAUGGAGUGCUUUAUAGCAAUUUAUUUCCUUUGGUUUGCUUACACACAAUUUUAAGGAUUUGGUGUAUGUGUGUAUGGAAAUACUGUGUGGACUACUGAAUAUUGCAUCAGAAGGGUGGGAAAAGUUGUCGAUCUUCAGUUCUUAGGGUUAAAUGUGCUUAACUGCUUUACUGCAAUGGUCCUUGGAGACCAAAAUGGUGGCUCGUCGUUUUUUUUCCCUUCUGACCCUUCAAAAGAGGUUACACUUAAAAGUUCUUUUCAGUUUUAUCAGUGACUUUCUUCUCCCUACUCUCACUUCCUCCAAGCUGCACCUCCAUCAGUCGAAGAUAACUGUCAUGCUAUUCUCUAACACCUCUGGAACUUUAUUCAAAUAUGCUAUUUUACUGGGCACUUUUAUGGCAGAAAUUAUUUGCCCUAACAGAGAUUUAUCAAACAAGCUCAACUUGCAUAAAGAAGCAGCAGCGGAAGCAGAAAAUGACAGCCCUGAGAGACCACAGGGGGCAGCAGCAGCUUGGCAGAGAAGAAGGCUCUGUUCUCCAUGACAGCAGCUGCUGAGAGCUGGCAAUGGCAGCAGCGUGGGGGACUCUGGGAGCACACUAAGAAGGCUGGCUUUGAGAUACGGACCUGAGAAAAAGAGGCACAGCUAUUUGCUGGAAGACAGAGCUGGGAGAGGUGUUCUAGCUGUAAUGCCGCCUUCCUGACCUGGGAGCUCCAUUUGUAUUCCUUCCCCAUCCGAGGAAGGUCUGAUGGUGUACCUUUGUGAGGAUGGAGGGUGGGGCUGAGACUGACUCUACUUCUUUAUUUCUCUUCUUAUUUUCUUUGCUCUUCUUUUCCAAUUAAAUGCUUUGCCAUUUGGUUUAAUGUUCCUGCCUGGUCUGUUGGUAGAGAAUAUAUCUGUGGGUUUUUCCCUCAAGAUCUUUAUAGGUAGUAUUGAAAUGAACUAAGGAUACCGCACGGGGCCAGUGAAGUUUUUUUUCCAUGAUUUUUGGGGGGACGAGGCUAUACGGAUGUGUACAUGUGUACAUUAGUAGACACUCACAAUAAAUUACAUUGCUUAAGUUGUUUAAACUAA